AUGGCAGAAUCAUUAAUCAAUUCCCCAAACUCUGCCCAAGGCAAUGCACUUGGAAGAUCUGGAUUCCAUAAUAUGGAUAACCUUUUGAAUGAGCUGGCUAUUCCCUUUGAUUAUUCUCCCUAUGGCUUUGGAACAAGCACUUCCGAUGCGGUUGCAAAGUCGUAUCCAUUUCAAUUGAACCAGUUCCAGACACCCUUUCCCCAAUAUCACUACGAGCCUUACUACUCGCUGGACGACAUCCUAAAGUUUCAAGUCCAGCUUUACCAGGAACUACGAUUCCAAGUGGUCAAAAAUGACCUCAUGAAGGAAGAGCCCUUUCUGCAGAGCUUUCAAGAAGUUGACUCUACUAGUGGUGCUUCGACAAUAGAUACACCUUUACCGAACACCUCCGUUCUCUCUGUCCCCGAGUCAAUUCUUACUCCUGAAUUUUCACUCCCUCUUCCAGAAUCAGAAAUGCCGAAGAAAAGAAACUUGGUUGAUCAAACACAACUCAAGAAUAAUGUUUCGGCUAGCGAGCCUGUUCCCAAAAAACAUACUCGCAAACACAUUAUGGCCAGAUCCAGAAAUGGAUGUUGGAUCUGUAGGAUCAAACACUUAAAAUGUGAUGAGAGAAAGCCUGUCUGCUAUAAUUGUGUCCGCUUUGGUAUCCAAUGCGAUUACUCACCGAAUCGACCAGAUUAUGUGUCUGAUAAAGAGCUUCGGAGAAGAAAAUUGGAUUCCAUUACUACCAAGAAAAGACGUUGUACUUCAGGCACUAAACCGGUACGCAAAUGA